AUGAGAGCAACUGAUAAGCCAUGUGUUAUAACUGUCAUUUAUGGGUAUAACACAUGUGAACAAAGAAAGAAUAUAUGGGAAACACUAAAGGAAUUGGCUCAAGGAAUCAAUAUGCCAUGGCUAAUUGUUGGAGACUUUAAUGCAGUGCUAUACCCACAGGAUAGACUGUUUGGAAAUCAAGUUCAGUAUGUAGAGAUCAAAGACUUCACUGAAUGUAUACAUGACUUGCUGCUUAAUGAAGUUAAAUGGACAGGGGAAUACUAUACAUGUACUAACAAGCAACAAAGUAAUGACAGAAUCUGUAGUAGACUUGACAGGGCUUUUGGCAAUCAUGAUUGGAUGAUGGAAUGGGGCCACAUAAUAAUGGAGUAUGAUGUUCUUCUAAUCUCAGAUCAUGCCCCAACGCUGUUCACUCUCAUACCAAGGCUCACUACUUGGAAGAUGAGAAAUAUAUGGUUGAAACUGAAGGCCCUUAAACCAUUGUUCAAGCAGUUAAAUAAUGAGGAGUUUAAGACCAUCACACAUAGAGUAGAUAAAGCAAGAAAUGACUUAGUGGCAAUCCAAAAGCAACUGAAUUCUCAAUGGUCUAAAAAUCUUAUGGAACAGGAAAGAUCUAAUUUGCUUAAUUUGGAGAAAUGGUCUAUGAUUGAAGAGAGCAUCAUGAAGCAGAAGUCAAGGGUCAAAUGA